AUGUGGCGUUCAGAUGAGGAAAAGCCGAGCACUUCAAGUGCUUCCGCUCGCACAUCUACCAACACGAAACAUGCCAGUGUAACCAAUUUGGAACGAUCCAAGUCAUCAACAUCUCUGUUCAAACGGGCCAUUAGUCUUCAAUUUCUUGUGAAAAACACAGAAAACAUCGUGGAUCGGGAACAAGCAGCAUAUAUAAAGAUGAGGUACAAGGACACUGCGAAAUAUGUGAUUUGGCCUGCAUGUCGGCUGCCGGACAAGAUUGAUCAACCAAAACCCGCUCCACUUGUCCCAGUUGCUCGAGAUCCCCGCACCGUCCUGAUGGAGCCUGAUUUGGAGGACCACAGAUCCCCUUACAUGCCAGCUACCAUCAAUCACGUUCUCCGAUCGGAUUCUGAAGACUCGAGUGAUGCCGAGCAAGUGCUCGAGAUGACACGGUUAUGA